AUGGCUCUGGGUUUUUUGGUGUUCUGUCUGUUUGCAGGGUCAAGUUUAGAACUGGAAACCACACAGGCAUUGAAUGUGACAAAAAAAUGUGAGGAGGACACCAACGCUUUCCUCUGGGAACUAAACCAGGAGAGACCACGGGAAUACGCUUUCCGCAUGUAUGAUGCGUUUGGAAAGAUGGGCAGCAAUGUUGAAGGAGGUAAUGUCAACCAGCCGGGCUCGCGGCAGCAGUGUCAGUCUUCCCAUGGCUCCACCUUCUCUGGACAGUACUGCCAGGUGUUUCUUCAGCAGGAAACAGUCCACUAUUUUGUGGGUAUUUGUGUUCCUGACUCCUGCAAGGAAGAGGAUGUGGAAAUGCUGGUGCUAUAUGGGAGACUUCAGAUUGGUCAGACGUCCCUCAUUCCUCCUUUUCCUUCCAUCCUGGUCAAUCAAACCGCUCAGGCCCUGUUGAUGACCCAUUGUUUGUCCAACACUGUUUCCCCAGAUGCAUUCGAUGUCACCUGCCUGUUUGUGUGUUCCAUGAUGGUCGCGAUUCCUCUAACCGCCACCCUGCUCACCGCUAUAUUAAGGUGGAAAAAAAACAGGGAGGUCAGUCCUUCUCUUGAAUCAUCCUCUAUAAACACUGGCCUCAACCUUUAUGGGACUCUGAAGAGCAAUGGCUCCUCUGGCAGUGAAAGGAACGGUGGCAGCCUAGAGGAAAGGGAUAGCACUAGCCACAAACCACUGUGUUUUCCUCGAAGCUGUGUGAACCAGGGCCUGGAGGCCUUUUCUCUUCAGAAUACCAGCCAAGGUGUCCUGAGCACCUCCUCAUCCAUCCCAGGAGGAGGCCACUCCUCCCUGCAUGGCAUCCGUGUCCUCAGCCUGUUCUGGAUCAUGUGUGGCCACUCCACCCAGUUUUCUGUCAUAAACAACCUGGGUAUCAUAUACUGGUAUUUGCUCAUUCAAUUUCGAAUUCUUCCCAUUACUCACAUAUCAUUGUACCUGUAUUCUAUCAUCUCUGUUGCAGAUAACAAGAAACAUUGGGAGAAAGCAGUAAAGAGCAACCCUCUCUAUGUGAUUGCCUUCGCUGGACCUGUUUUUAUGGCUGUUGACAGCUUUUUGCUGCUGGGGGGUCUGCUCAGUGCCAGGUCUCUGCUAAACUCCAUCAACAGGGCUGAUGGCAAACUGAGUAUCUCUUUAGUGGCCAGCUACCUCUUCAACAGGAUUAAAAGGAUUCAACCACUGCAUCUGUUCAUCCUGUGUUUCACCACAGGCCUCAGCUCUUUAGUACAGGGGGGGGCAUUCUGGUUCCAAAUCAUGGAGACAAUGGCGGACUGUAAGACGUACUGGUGGGGGAACGUGCUGUUGAUUAGCAAUCUCAUCCCAUCCUCACAGCCGUGCAUCCCGUGGGCAUGGUACUUGUCUCUUGACUUCCAGUGUUAUGCCACCACUCCACUGUUGCUCUAUUUUUACAAAUUGAACAAAGGUGUGUUUGCGGCUUUGGUAGGAGGCCUGAUGCUGAUGACCAUUGCUUCUGGUGCCAUCAUGACUGCGCUCCUGCAGCUGCCCGUCUUCCAGCCAUCUGAAGUGUUCCAUUUGAAUUAUGGCUUACAUUACUAUGUGAAACCCUACACAAGAUAUGGGCCAUUUCUAAUAGGGGUCUUGACUGGAAUAUACUUGACCACAAAGAAAGAUCAGGUCCUAAAGCACAAGUGGCAGGCAGCACUUGGUUGGUUCUGCUGUCUUUCACUUUUGUCUGUGGUGGUUGGAUUAGCCUACGUCCUAAAGGAGGAGCCAACCUCUCUGUCGUUGCCACAUGCCUUCUAUCAAGGACUGCACAGAUCCCUCUGGGCUUUGGCUGUGACCUGGAUCAUAGUGGCCUGCGAGGAAGGUUAUGGAGGUUUUAUCAAGAGCUUCUUGUCAUUGGGUUUCUGGCUUCCACUUUCCAACAUCAGUUUUGCCUGCUACCUGUCACAUCCUAUUUUCAUCAUCAUAUAUAUAGGCCUGCAAGAGACCCCGAUCCACUACACAGACUUAAACUUUAUGUACAUUUUCCUAGGGCAUGUGGUGCUGACCCUGGUGGGGAGCUACGUGCUGACUGUGCUGAUUGAGAAGACCUACCUUCUAAAAUACAGCCGUACAUAGAUGCAUGUCCGAGCACAAUAGAGAACCUUCAUAUAGUCGUUAUACCUUCAUUUCUAUACUCUUCAGAUGGGAUAUGUUUAAAUAUAUUGAAAAUAGAUUUUAGUUUUCAAUCAAACAUACAACAAAUAACACGGAUGUAAAAUUGUAUUUGUUAUAUCAUUAUAUCAUCACAUAUUACUACUAUUUGGGCUUCAUUCAUUAUUAACCACAGUCCUGUGUUACCAUCUAUAACUUUAAACUUGUUUAAAUUUUGUAAGAUAAUUAUCAAAUUAAUUGACCAAGCCUUUUCUGUCAGGUCUCUCACUCUUUGGAACAACCUCCCAGAGGAGCAUCUCUCUUAAAGACACAUUUUUGUACGUGUGUAUCCUUCUAGUACUGAUCCUACCAAGUACUGUUUAUUCUUUUCUCAUCAGUGACACUUUUUAAAGUAUUUGUGCUCUAAUGUUGUCUGUUAUUGAAACUGCUCUUAAUUAUUUUCUAUUGUUUGCCUUCAAUUUUUCAUUUUUAACUUGUAAAACCUCUUGUAAAUGUG